AUGUCUAUCAAUGAAAUUGUCGAGUCGUUGAUCGCACAGUAUCUUUCUGAAAGAGGGCUUAAGGAGAGCUUGGCUGCGUUCAAACUUGAACUCAAUCGAACUUUCUCUGACAAUAGGGAUUUGUUGGAGGAGCGUCUCUACGACAUCGUGGAAGACAGAUACAAGUUCUUAGAGUUGAAAAAGGCAAACGAGGACGAUCCUCAGGCGCUCAAUAAUAGUGUAGCUUUGCCUGUAUGGAAAUUGCCAAAUCCAGUGAUAGGUGAAGAAUUGGUUCCGUUGGGCUCUGAUUUAGUAGUUUCAACUACUGUUGGGAACUUGAAGCUUUCAGAUCAACCCUCUUCGUGUAUUGUGAUCUCCACCUCAUCGAAUGAACUGCAGGUUUUUGAUCUCAAUGGUGUUAAGCUAGCUGGUUUUCAAAAAGUUCUCAAGUCCAUCUCCAAAGUGGUAUUAAUCAUUGACAGUUCUCCUCUGCUACUCUGUGGGGGUAUGGAUGGACAACUAUCCAUUUUAAACGUAGCAACAAAAGAAAUACAGUCGUUUCAGUUGCAUGGUAGACUUCUCUCCGACAUGAAAUAUCUCCCCAUUGAUGACAGUCAUGGAUACUUGGUCUCCGUUGGAAUGGACAAUAAUGUAACCUUGACCACAAUAGAUUUUACAGACAUUAAGAAUAUCCAGUUCAGCAAAUCUCAGUUCAAAAUGCUUACAAGACCUACAUGUAUAGAUUUCUUCACAUUUCAAAACCACUUCUUGGUGAUAGCCAAUAGGGUCGACACAUCACUCAUAUCCGUGUUUAUCGUCAAUGAUGAAAAGAAGCUAGUUGAGUUGUGCCGGCUUUCUACAGAUGACAGUGAGUUUUCUAGCCAUGGAUUCCAGAUUGGGGCUCUUGCUCAUCACAUCACCGAGGAAAAGCUUUUGAUAUCAGCUGCGACGAACCAUAUUCCCUACAUGAGACUGAUCACAUUGGUUCUGCCAGACCUUAACGAGUUAAUAGAUUAUUGGAUAAAAGAGGAAGGGAAAGAGAACACCGAAGAAGAUCUUCUAUUGCAACUACGCUCUUUAUCUAUCAAUCAGGUACACGAGCAACAAUUCACAAACAAAACUCAUGUGAUAAGAAAUGUGAUACUUUCCAGUGUGAACACAUCGGCACCCCAAGAUAAAUACUCUGUACAGCAAAUUGCUACCAGAGAUUCCAAGAAUGGAGUAUGGAUCUUCUCAGACGACGGAGUCAUCAGAGGAUUGAAUUUGUCGUCUGGGACGAUCAUUGAAGAGCUGAAAUCUCAUGAAGGACGAAUCAAGAGCGCAGCUGCAUUCACUUCCAAUGAUGGCGACGAGCUUCUUUUCACCUCUGGAGCCACGGAUAGACGUACCAAGAGAUGGUCUGUCACCCCUCCUCGACCUUCCUCCGGUUAG